GGAACGCCUUAGCCGAACAAGUGGUAUGAGCCCCAUCAGUAAAAAUUCUCAAGGAGAAGCCGUAACUUCACUGGAAGGCAAACUGUCGGGAUUAACACAGGUCCAACAACCCACUAUCCCUAUUACUGAAGACAAAAUCUGAAGUUUGAAAUUCAUAGGGGCGCUAGUUCGUACAUGUGAGCUACGUGGGUGUUGCUAGUCAUAUCAUGGAGUUAGCUGAGACAAAGCCAAAGAAAUCAAACAAACCGAAAGAUACACCUUUUCACCAGCAGCGUCUAAAGUCAUGGAGACCAAUUCUAACUGCUAGGAAUGCGUUUCCAAUAUUUCUCACUAUUGGGUUAUUAUCCAUACCAGUGGGUAUUGUUUUACUUGCAUCCUCUAAUAGCGUCUUAGAGGUUGUUGUGGAGUAUACUCACUGCGAAGAUACCGUACGCCAUACACGAUGUUCUGAGUUGGUCAGACUUCCUGACUUCUAUAGGACAUAUAAUAUAUGUUCAUGCAAAGUCGAAUUUGAACUCAAGGAAGAGUUCAAGGGUCAAGUGUACUUUUACUAUGGCCUGUCAAAUUUCUUCCAAAAUCAUCGCCGCUACGUCAUAUCAAAGGAUGAUUACCAGUUACACGGUUCCGUGGAAACUCCAAAACCAAGUUGUGAACCGUAUCGAUUCGAUCCCAAUGGAAAAGUCUAUGCCCCAUGUGGAGCUAUUGCAAUGAGUUUAUUCAAUGAUUCAUUUACUCUAAAAUAUCUUGGUAAAAGCUCGGAACCUCUUGCUAAACCAUUACAAGUUCCAAUGACAAAUAAGGGGAUCGCUUGGCGUACUGAUGUUGAAGAAAAAUUUGGAAAACCACCAGCUGAUUCAUGGGCAAACACAGUAAAGCCAGUCAGUUGGAAAAAGUCAGCUCUUGAACGCUCAUCUGGUGCAUAUAGCGAAGACGAAGAGUUAUUGGUAUGGAUGCGUGUUUCAGCACUACCAACAUUUCGUAAAUUACAUCGUCUAGUCACUCAUGUCGGCGCUUUUUCAAAUGGUCUACCAGCUGGAAUUUAUAGCGUCGAUAUUGAGUACUCUUAUCCUGUCACUCAAUUUGGUGGCACUAAACGAAUUAUACUGUCUACGAUGAGUUGGUUAGGUGGCCGAAAUCCAACAUUAGGAAUAUCCUAUAUUGUUGUGGGCAGUGUGGGCCUUAUUUUAGGUCUUAUAUUUUUCAUUCUUCACUUUCAUACAAUGAAGCAUCGAUAACCUAGCGUUCGUAAACAUCAAAUGACUUUUCGUCCAGAUCAUGAUUAGUCAUAUAAAAACUUGUUAGUCGUUCCAUAAGAUAUGAAGUGGCUUCUAGUGAUAUAUUUUGAAGGGUCCUUUAUAAAGUAUUUUUUAUUUAUAACUUUUAUUUUUUUGUGAAUUUGUAAUACUCACGCUCUUAAAAACAAACUUUUGAAUGUGAUAUUUUCAAGAUUUCUGGUAUAAUAUACUGUUCUUGUCUAUGC